AGACACAAAAAUAACCAUUGAAACAUCCUCGAAAUUCUUAAUUCUUUGCUUUCGUUCUCCACUUUGAUACGCCAUCCAGAUUUCCUUCUGUAACUGAAAGCCACAUUCCAUGGAGUCGGUGACUAGUUUUAUAUUCAAAAUUUGUUACUGGUUACCGCGUUUCUCGCCUGUUCUUGCAUAAUUAGCUUGCAUACGAUCGCCACCCCUCAUUUUUCUCUCUAUUGAUCUCCCAGUUAUUAAACCCUUUCAAUUCUUUUUUCUGUUAGUUUGAAUAUGGAAUUUUUUUGUAAUUACAAUCGGUUUAAGCUGCAGUUAGCAAUGUUGUUUACUGCUACAUUAGUGAUCCAUCACAAUUUUAGUCUCUGUUGGUCCCUCAACGCCGAAGGGUUGGCGUUGUUGAAGUUUAGAGAUGGAAUUGAGACGGACCCUUUUGGGGUUUUAUCUGGUUGGAACAACGACGGUGAAGCGGCGGAUUUGGGCCCUUGCUCUUGGUUCGGUGUUGAGUGUUCCGACGGAAAAGUGGUCAUCUUGAAUUUAAGAGACUUAUGCCUUGGAGGAACACUUUCACCAGAGGUUGGAAAGCUAACAAAUAUAAAAUCCAUUAUUUUACGAAACAAUUCUUUUUACGGAACAAUUCCUCAAGAAAUCGGUGAUUUGGAGGAGCUGGAAGUGUUGGAUUUGGGAUACAAUAACUUCAGUGGGUCAUUCCCAUCUGAUCUUGGCAAUAAUCUCUCUUUAUCGAUUCUUUUAUUGGACAACAACAGUCUUCUUGAUGAUCUUUCUCCUGAUGUAAACAAUCUUAAGACGAUUUCGGAGUUUCAGGUAGAUGAGGACCAGCUCACAAGCUCACAUAAUGAUGCUAGUUGUAACAGCAAGUCUAGUUCUUGGAAAGCCAUUCAAGCUGGAGAUCCUACAGAAAGAAAGCUGUUACAGGUUUCACCAUUACCAUCAUCAUCAGGUUUUCCAAUCUCAUAUAUAUCGUUGCCGCCAUCCGCCAUAUCAUAUAUAUCAGCAUCUCCGUCCCCAUCAGAAGUCGCAUCCCCUUCACCAUCCCCAGUACUUCCACCAUUACCUGUUUUCCCAAAUCCACCAAUUACUUCUCUAGAACCAGAGACCAAACCUGCUUUAGCUCCUUCACCUACAAACUUUAGGGGUUACAAAUCCAAACAUCACAGAGUUUUAAUAUGGUCUGGGGUAGUAGGGGGUUCUAUAUUUGUAUUUCUUUCCGCUUUUGGAUGUGUUUUCUUCAAAAGAAGUAAGGUGGUUACUGUUAAACCAUGGGCUACAGGUCUAAGUGGGCAGCUUCAGAAAGCAUUCACAACGGGUGUUCCGAGUCUCCAACGCCCUGAACUUGUAACAGCUUGUGAAGAUUUUAGUAAUAUAAUUGGCUCUAUGUUAGAUGGCACUGUGUACAAAGGGACUCUUUCAAGUGGGGUUGAAAUCGCUGUGACAUCCACUGCAAUAACGUCGGCUAAAGAUUGGACCAAGAAUCUAGAAACCCAGUUCAGAAACAAGAUAGAAAUGUUGUCAAAGGUGAAUCACAAGAACUUUGUGAAUCUAAUUGGGUUUUGUGAAGAACAAAAUCCUUUUACUAGAAUGAUGGUUUUUGAGUAUGCUCCAAAUGGAACUCUGUUUGAGCACCUGCACAUUGAAGAAGCCGAACAUUUGGACUGGUCUAUGCGAAUACGUAUAGCUAUGGGCAUGGCAUACUGUCUCGAGUACCUACACCAACUCAACCCACCGAUUGCUCACAAAAACCUACAAUCGUCAUCUAUACAUCUAACCGAGGACUACGCAGCCAAAAUCUCAGAUUUCAGCUUCUGGGAUGCAGCGAAAACAGGUCCAACAAAAGCCGAGCUAUUAGAGACCCCACCUUCAACUCCACAGAGUAAUGUCUACAGCUUUGGUGUAAUCUUAUUGGAACUCAUCACCGGUAAGAUACCUUACUCGGUUAAUAAUGGCUCUCUUGUGGACUGGGCAUCGGAUUUCUUGAACUCAGAGCAACCGAUAACAAACAUAGUGGAUCCAACUUUGACUUCCUUCAAAGAAGAUGCAGUUAAGGAGCUCUUUGAAGUGGUCAAAAGCUGUGUUCUUUCGGAUCCAAAUCAGAGACCCACAAUGAGAGAGGUCACGGCUAGGUUGAAGAUGGUCACAGCCAUGGCACCUGAAGGUGCCAUACCUAGAACAUCUCCGCUUUGGUGGGCUGAACUAGAGAUCUUAUCAUCAACAGAAUCAAAUUAAAAAACUAUUCAAUUUGCAUCGAGUGUUUCUGUACAUAUUUUUGAGAGAGAAUCUACUGAAUCUUUGUGAAACCGUUACAGUUCCAUAAGUGUAUUGAUUCGUUCAUCUUUAAACCUCUGUAUUUCAACAAUUACCUCAAUUUAUAAGAUCUCAAAAGGAA